CUUGUGCUUACCCUCAACACAUGGCUAGUAGUCCACCAUAGAGAUACCAUUUACUGUCGGACUGUAGUUCUUAUUUUCUUACUUUAAUAAUAUAAACAAGGGAAAGUACAAGGAGAAUGUCGCUGUUUUUAAUGAAUCGGUAUCUUGGGGAUGAUGAUGAUGACGAGGAUGCCAAGGAAUCACGAUCCAAAGCCCUGCUAGAAAAGUUACAAAAACAGGCUAAAGAGAGGGAACAGCAGGCUCUAUCCAACAGAACAGUCGUUAAGUCAGACACAAAUAAAACAGAGGAAGACGAGAAAGAGGUGAAAAGGAAAAGGAAAGAACCAGAGGAUACCGAGGAACUGUCAAAAGUGAAGAAGUCGAAAAAGAAGUCAAGCCCACUGAAAACUGAAACAGCAGAAGACCAAACAGCAGCCAAAGAGAUAUCAAGUGAAGUUGAGAGCAGCACUGAAGCAAAACAGCAGAGCAGUAAAGACAAAAAUGAAUCUGAGAUCCACGCUGAUAUCUCAGCUGAGCCCAAAAGUUCAUCACAGCCAGGUUUCCCGAUUCUUGGUGGAUUUGAAAAGAAAACUGUACAAAAGGUCCACCGAGUCUUGCCACAGUGGCUUGCUCAACCAGAUGUGAUCCAAAAGGAUAUUAAGAGUAACCUGGUCCCUGUCAGUUUGGUUCCUGGAAUUUGCCCCAAACUUAUGAAGAGACUAGAAAAGAAUGGGAUUCAUAACUUAUUUCCUGUUCAGGCCGAGGUGAUUCCUGCUGUUUUGGAGGGCGUUUGCCAUGGGUUGCUGAUGGGGAGAGGAGGCUACAGACCCAGAGACAUCUGUGUGUCAGCACCUACAGGCAGUGGCAAGACACUUGCUUUCGCCAUUCCCAUCGUCCAGGCGUUGUCAGAGAGAGUCUUAUGUCAGGUCCGGGCCUUGAUUGUGCUGCCAACAAAGGAACUUGCACAGCAGGUGUACAAAGUCUUCUGUACAUAUGCUGAAGGCACCAAUUUGAAAGUGGUGAUGAUUGCUGGUCAGAAAUCUUUUGCUGCAGAGCAGGCGUCUCUUUCAGAAAACAAAGGAGCGCUAUCCUGCAGUUUGGCCGACAUUGUUGUAGCGACCCCAGGCAGGCUGGUGGAUCAUAUCAAUAAGAACGACGGCUUCAGUUUGCAGCACCUACGAUUCCUUGUUAUAGAUGAGGCAGACCGGAUGAUUGACAGCAUGCACCAGUCAUGGCUCAAACUGGUAACUCAAGCAGUGUAUAAGAAAGGCGGUGAUUUGUCCAUCUUCGGGAGGAGAGAACCCGGACCCAUAACAGCAGCCAGCUUGUCCCCAUCCCAGAUGCCUCUGCAGAAGCUGCUGUUUUCCGCCACUCUCACCCAGAACCCUGAGAAGCUCCAGCAGCUGGGCCUGCACCAGCCCCGGCUCUUCAGCUCCAUCCACAGUGACGCCUCCACGCAAGAGGCCUCUCAGCCUUUUGAGAAGUUCAAUUUCCCGGAGGGCCUCACGGAAUACUACAUCCCAUGUACUUUGAGCAAGAAGCCCCUCAUCCUCCUUCAUCUCCUGCUUCGUCUCAAGUUCAGCACUGUGCUGUGCUUCACCAACUCCAGAGAGGCUGCACACAGGCUGUUCAUGCUGGUGAAGCUUUUUGGUGGGGUUCAGGUCGCAGAGUUCUCCUCACGCCUCAGUCCUUCGGAGAGGAAGAAGACCCUGAGGGAUUUUGAGCAGGAGAAGAUCCAGUUGGUAAUUAGCACUGACGCAGCUGCCCGAGGGAUUGAUAUUCAGGGAGUGAAAUGUGUUGUGAACUACGAUGCACCUCAGUUCAUUAGGACUUACAUUCAUAGGGUUGGCAGAACUGCAAGAGCAGGGAAAUCUGGAAUUUCUUUCACAUUCUUGCUUGGGGUUCAGGAGAAAAACUUCCUUCAGAUGGUGACAGAUGCAGGCAGCCCAAGUGUACAGAAACAGAUCAUCCAACCAGAAAGCUUGAAGAGCAUGGAGGCCUGCUAUGAACAGACCCUUGUGGAACUGGGAAAUGCCAUCAAAGAUGAAAAAGCCAAGAAGCGAAGGACACUAUAAGGCAGCUAUAUUGUUUGAUGGUUAUUUGUAAAAGUGUCCUUUAUUGUUUCCAUGUGAGUAAUUUGCUUAUUAAAAAAUUAUUGAUCAAA